AUGUUUAUUCGUGUAUCAGAUAAAUAUCGUUUAAAUAUGUUACAACAUUCUAUUGAUAUGAUUAAACAAUCAAAAGAUGUACGACAAGAAGCUGUACAAGUUAAUAUAUUUACAACUGCCUUAACCGCAUUAAAAACAUUAGCUGAAAUGAAACAAUCAUCAUCAACCGAUGAUAAGAAUGUCAAAAAAACUGCCUGUACACUUGUUAUGCAAACAUUAAGUCGUCAAAAUCCCAUGUUAUGUUGUGCAGCUGGUGAAGCUCUUGGUCGUUUAACACAAGUUGUUGGUGAUGGACAUAUUGUUGCUGAUAUAACACAAAUGUGUUUUGAUCGUUUGAAAGAAUUUCAUGAUGUUUCAUUUCGUACAGGUUAUUCAUUAGCACUUGAAUGUUUACAUCAUUAUAUUGAUGGAAUGAGUACAGGAUAA